AUGUGGCGAUGCUACUUAGAGCUUGAUAGUGUAGCUGCUGUUAGGAGGGCUAGGCACAGACCCAUUUAUGCUUCCAUCGGAUUUGAGAGACUCCAGCCGACCUCUCAUUUUCUCAUCUGUCUAGAGGCGCCAAAAAGGAAAAACGGUGACUGGAUAUCUCGCUUCGAUGGCUCUCGUGAUUCCUGGACAUCUCGCCGGCCUUUUCUGGUGGUUCGUCGCCUGGAGACGAUGGUAAAGAGAGGAAAAAGAGCAGCGAUUCCGGAGACUGCGUUGGUGUGUUGGGUAGUCACCGGGACUGCUGAAGAAGAAGAUUCAGGUGUUGCUUGGUUUCAUGUUGGGAUUCGCAGCAGCGAGCUCGCCGGAAACGCUGUGCUUGAGGUCGCCGGUGAUAAGCAUAUUUGGCGAUUUGAGAAGCAGCAAGCAACAAACGACAGGGCAAUUCCUGUUGGCUGCGACAUUGAGAAAACGAAGGUUGACAGGUACAUCAGUUGGAGAAAGUGUUCCAUCCGCCGGCGAGUUAGAGGUUUGAAGGUUGUUGCCGAUUGUUGCUCACGAGUCGAGGAACAUGGAAGUCGGCCACUGCCGCCAUUGAUGAGGGCGAGAGACGCUGUCAGAGGUUCUUUAGUAGAGUUGGAAGCGGCCGGUGGCAGGAUGAGACGACCCGUAGAGACCCAAGCAGCCAACUGA